AUGGAGGAUUCGAGAUUGCUUAUCACUCUGGUUCUGGUGUUCGGGGUUAUAUUUCUGAGAAAAUUCUUUCAAAGUAAUCAGCAUCCCUCAGCACAACGCUUGUCCACUACGGGAGUUAACGCACAUGGACGUCCUCAGGGCCCCACGCAGAGUGCUCUGAGAAGGACGAAUAGAGCCAACGGGGGUCAUCCCGUGACGACCCAGAUGGUGGAGACAGUGCAGAACCUUGCCCCCAACUUACACCCUGAGCAAAUUAGAUAUAGUUUGGAAAACACAGGUUCAGUGGAAGAAACUGUGGAAAAAUACCUGCGUGGCGAUGAAUUUAGUUUCCCACCCGGGUUUGAACCUUCCAGAGCGGCAAUUGGCGCCAACGGUGCGGCUACCAAUAACAACGCUGCCGCUGGGGGAGAAUUCAACGACCCUAGAAAGAAGAAUAUGAUAUGUGCCGAGAACCUGCUGGAUAAAUUCCAUGUGAACCCCAACGAAGACAUGAGUCACAUGAACUUUGAAGAUCUGGACAUCGAAGAGAGAAAGAAAUUGUUGGUUUGGCAGGCCAGGAAGAAUCUAGAAACGAAACUGCAAAAUGAUAAGGAUUUGCAAAGUUUGUUGGCUUAA